AUGAAGCUGCUGAAUAUCGUUCCCGCCGCGUACCUGUUUCUGCUGGCCAUGCUGUCCACUACCAGCUACAGUGGGACCUCGGUUCGAGCGCAAGAACCACUGUUCGAGCUGCCGGUGCAACUAAUCGGAUUUCCCGUGAUUAUCCUGUCCGUGCGGUUGGCGACAUUCGCCAAAAAGCUAGCCUAUUCCCUGAAUCCAAAAACCUACCAAUCCCGCAGCCGCCGAGAUACGCCGCUCCCGACGGAGGAGGAAAUUUCCCGACUGGCGGUCGCGGUAGCCCAGGCCGAGCGGACCAUCCUGCACGAGUUCGGUCCGAAGGUGUGCAUCGAAGAGGAACCCUGCCGGCUGCACGCGAACCAAGCAAGGCACACCAAGGACUACCAGCCCGAUUGGAACGACAUUUUGAAGAACUACAAGGUGCGAGCUAGCGGAAUGAAACAGUGGUAUCUGCUGUCCGUCUUCAUCGGCGAUUACAUCCAGGAUGUUCAGUUCUGUAAGCAGUUGGCUAAACGGUUGGCGUGCGACCGGAAUCAGAAGGAAUUUGUGCGUGAUUGA